AGAGCCGCCCCCGGGCCGGGCGGGCACCUCAGCCAUGGCCCUGCGCAAGGAGCUGCUCAAGUCCAUCUGGUACGCGUUCACCGCCCUGGACGUGGAGAAGAGCGGCAAGGUCUCCAAGUCCCAGCUCAAGGUGCUGUCCCACAACCUGUACACGGUCCUGCACAUCCCCCACGACCCUGUGGCUCUGGAGGAGCACUUCCGGGAUGAUGACGACGGCCCCGUGUCCAGCCAGGGAUACAUGCCCUACCUCAACAAGUACAUCCUGGACAAGGUGGAGGAGGGGGCUUUCGUUAAGGAGCACUUUGACGAGCUGUGCUGGACCCUGACGGCCAAGAAGAACUAUCGGGUGGACAGCAACGGGAACAGCAUGCUCUCCAAUGAGGAUGCCUUCCGCCUCUGGUGCCUGUUCAAUUUCCUGUCUGAGGACAAGUACCCUCUGAUCAUGGUUCCUGACGAGGUGGAAUACCUGCUGAAGAAGGUGCUCAGCAGCAUGAGCUUGGAGGUGGGCUUGGGUGAGCUGGAAGAGCUGCUGGCCCACGAAGCCCAGGCAGCCCAGACCACCGGAGGGCUCAGCGUCUGGCAGUUCCUGGAGCUCUUCAACACGGGGCGCUGUCUUCGAGGUGUGGGGCGGGACACUCUCAGCAUGGCCAUCCACGAAGUCUACCAGGAGCUCAUCCAAGAUGUCCUGAAGCAGGGCUACCUGUGGAAGCGAGGGCACCUGCGGAGGAACUGGGCAGAACGCUGGUUCCAGCUGCAGCCCAGCUCCCUCUGCUAUUUUGGGAGUGAAGAGUGCAAGGAGAAAAGGGGUACUAUCCCGCUGGAUGCACAGUGCUGCGUGGAGGUGCUGCCCGACCGAGAGGGGAAGCGCUGCAUGUUCUGUGUGAAGACAGCAUCCCGCACGUACGAGAUGAGCGCCUCCGACACGCGCCAGCGCCAGGAAUGGACCGCGGCCAUCCAGACAGCGAUCCGGCUGCAGGCCGAGGGGAAGAUGUCGUUGCACAAGGACCUGAAGCAGAAGCGGCGCGAGCAGCGGGAGCAGCGGGAGCGACGCCGGGCGGCCAAGGAGGAAGAGCUGCUGCGCCUGCAGCAGCUGCAGGAGGAGAAGGAGCGGAAGCUGCAGGAGCUGGAGCUGCUACAGGAGGCGCAGCGGCAGGCCGAGCACCUGCUGCAGGAGGAGGAGGAGCGACGCCGCAGCCAGCACCGCGAGCUGCAGCAGGCGCUGGAGGGCCAACUGCGCGAGGCGGAGCAGGCCCGGGCCUCCAUGCAGGCUGAGAUGGAACUGAAGAAGGAGGAGGCUGCCCGGCAGCGGCAGCGGAUCCAAGAGCUGGAGGAGAUGCAGCAGAGGCUCGAGGAGGCCCUGCACCUGGAGGUGAAAGCUCGGCGUGACGAGGAGGCCGUGCGCCUAGCCCAGACCCGACUGCUACAGGAGGAGGAGGAGAAGCUGAAGCAGCUGCUGCAGCUGAAGGAGGAGCAGGAGCGCUACAUCGAGCGGGCGCAGCAGGAGAAGCAAGAGCUGCAGCAGGAGAUGGCGCUGCAGAGCCGCUCCCUGCACCAAGCCCAGCUGCAGCUGGAGGAGGUGCGGCAGAACCGGCAGAGGGCCGACGAGGACGUAGAGGCUGCCCAGCAGAAGUUGCGCCAGGCCAGCACCAACGUGAAACACUGGAAUGUUCAGAUGAACCGGCUCAUGCAUCCAAUUGAGCCUGGAGAUAAGCGUCCCACCACCAGCAGCUCCUUCACAGGCUUCCAGCCGCAUCUACUUGCCCGCCGCGACUCCUCCCUAAAGCGCCUGACCCGCUGGGGAUCCCAGGGCAACCGGACCCCCUCGCCCAGCAGCAACGAGCAGAAGUCCCUCAAUGGUGGGGACGAAGCUCCCAUCUCAGCUUCUCCCCCUCAGGAAGAUAAACUGGACCCAGCACCAGAAAAUUAGCCUCUGCUAUCCCCUCCCGCCCCCCAACCUCAUACCCACCAGAACCUGGCCACAGCUGGCCUGUGGGUGAUGCCAGCCCUCACAGAAGAGGGAGCUGAGGUCCUGGUGCCAGGAGCCCCCUCGGCCCUCCAGCCAUGACACAGUCCAGAAUGGAGCCUAGUUCAUUUUUGGCACCAGCCCCAGGCCCCUGACCAUGGAGGCUGUCUGGGAUGUUGAUUCUUGAGAACUUGAUCUUGUGCCUUAACCCCAAGGACCCUGUGCCCUGGGCUGGAAAAGAGAGCAAACAAGCAAGCCAACGGCGUGUGCCCUCAGACUGCCACCAGGUGGUGGAGGCGCAUUUCCAAAUAAAAACUGCUCUUGGAAUGAAC